AUGUGCCACCUCUCCAUCUUCUGGCACAACUGCGACCACCUCAUCCCCAUGACCCUCACCUGUCCCUUCCAGGACCUCCCAUCCCACACCACAGAACCAACAUCAACCGCCCUCCUCGGCGACCCCUGCCCCCUCUGCAGACAAGCAUACCCCCCGAACAAACAAACCCUCACCACUCACCAGAGUCUCCUAACCGCACAAACCCUCGCCUCCAUCCUCAACGUCUCCGUCACGCAACCAGGCUUCCUAGACAUGGUGGCCAGAUUCUUCGCCCGCGGCGACCACAAACGGUUCGACCAGCCCGGCCCAGAAAGAGCAGCCUACGACCAGGGGGACGGAUACAUCGACGCCCUGGCGGAAAAGUCUCGGCUAGCCGUCCAGGCUCUCGACCUAAACCUAUACCUGGACCUGGACUUUGAUCCAAAUGCAGAUCCAGAGGCGCACGGGUGGCGCGCAGAGUCGAAUAUGCCGAUGCCUACGCCGAUGCCGACGCCGACGGCGAUGGCGAGCUGGGACGGGUUGAACUGGGAGGGGCGGAAUGUGCAUCCCUCGGCGGGAUUCUACUACUAUUCAACAGGGUCCGUGUCGGGGUCCGGGUCCGAGACUGAAACCGAGCAAGUGUCUACGCCUACGCCUGCAUUUGAGCCCGCACCUCAGCAACUGCUGGAAGCCGGACGGGCGAGCGAUCUUGCUGCCCGCGACGUCGACGGCAACUGGGACUGGGACUGGAACGAAGCUCGAGACCAGGUGCAAGGCGUGACGGAUCUAGUGCCAUAUGCGCCUCUCACGACACCGAUCGCAGUGGAUCACGGCUCGUCUUGCGCUCCUGCGGGAAGGGGAAGAGAUCGGCGAGGGGAGUCAGUGGAUGCUUCCUCUCCGCGUGCGCCGCGGGAUACGCAUAAGAUGCCGCAUGCCAUGCUCGUGAGGCGGAUUACGCAGCGGAGGAAUGGGAAGAAAAGGCAGGAGAUGGUGUCGAUUGGGAAGUCGCCGUUGGCGCGGGGCGAACGGCAGCGCAGGAGGGACAAGCGAGAGGAGUGA